AUGUUGAGAGUGUCCCACCUCCCAUUGGUUCACUCAGCGCUGCAGUCCAUGACGUCAGCCUAUACUGAUGUCAAAGGUCGCUACCCUCUGCUGGGGCUGAUGGGGGGUGUGGCUGGAGUCAGAAUACACAGCGUCUCUCAGGUUGCCAUGACACGAGCCACGCCCCUCCUCCAGAGUCUGGAGCCUCAAAGUGGUUUGUCACAGCGCAGAAGCUCUUACCUGGUCCUCACCUUGAUCCUUCCACAAGUGUACACUUGUUUCUUCAUCAUGUCCACCAGCAGCAGGACUAUUCAUGAUGCACACACUGUUAUUAAGUCCUGCAGCACAACAGACCCAAAGGAGAAGGCUAAAAUUUACAACAUCUGGGCAGAAAACUAUGAAGAGGAUCACAAACUGCUGAGCUACAGAGGGGCAUACCUGGCAGUGGACUUCCUGUCUGAACACUUCUGUGGACGUCCUGAGGAAAGUCUGGUUCUGGAUGUGGCCUGUGGGUCUGGAAUGGUUGCUAACUUGAUGACAGAACUGGGCUUCAGGUCCUUUGUGGGAGUGGAUGGCAGUAAAGGCAUGCUGGAGCUCGCUGCUAAAACUGGUCUGUAUCAGGACCUCAAACUGGCCUUACUGGGAACUGAACCACUUCCUGCACAGACUGGUGUGUUUGAUGUGGUGAUCACUGCAGGUGCUUUUUAUCCUGGUUCUGUACCAGUCAAUGUUAUCAGGGAACUCUGUAAGGCUGCAAAACCAGGAGGUCUGGUGUGCAUCGCAAGAGGCAACUAUCGGCGACCUAUACAUAUAGAAUACACGGAGAAUCUGCAGAAGGAGCAGCAGCUGAUGGAGGAGGAGGGACUGUGGGGUCUGAAGGGCACCAAACAGAUCGACAGAUACAUUCGAAACCCAGAUGUAGAGUGUGGUGGAGAUGGAGAGGACAUUCAGGAGGACCAGUUCAUCAGUGGGACUGUUUACUUGUACAAGAAGUCCAUCAGUGCAUCCACUUCCACUCAGUGAGCUCUAGUUAGUGUACACUAAUGUUAUCACAUUACAUCAUCGCAAAGAACGAGUGUGUGUGGACACGUUUCAUGAAUUUACAAUAAAAUAUGCAACAUCUCACUGUGACGCUUCUCUACCAGAUAAAUGAAUGAACAGACAUGCUAACAUACUAGAAAUGCAAAAAUACUACUUCCAUGUUUUUCUUUUAUAAGGACAUGAAUCUUUUCUUAACCCAUAAAGACCCAAUGUU